AGACAGACAGCAAACAUGCUGAGGAUCCUGUUGUUGAGUGUGCUGGCCACUUUGGCGCUGGCUGAGCCCAGAUAUCUGAAGGAUAUAGCCAUUGAGGAGAGGGUUGUUGGCGGAGAGAUUGCAAAACCCCACUCUUGGCCUUGGCAGAUCUCUCUCCAGUAUUCUGAUUUGGGAACAUACUACUACUAUUGUAGUGGGACUCUGAUCAGACCAGGAUGGGUGAUGGUUGCCGCUCACUGCGUCGAAGCUCUGAGAAAAUGGACUGUUGCAUUGGGUGACCACGACAUCUACACUCAUGAGGGUCCCGAGCAGUACAUAAGCGUCAGUGAGGUCUUCAUCCACCCCAACUGGAACCCCAACAACGUGGCAUUUGGAUAUGAUAUUGCUCUUCUGCGUCUGUCCAUCGAUGCCACCCUGAGCUCAUACGUGCAGGUGGCCACACUGCCAUCCUCUGGAGAGAUUCUGCCCUACGGCCACACAUGCUACAUCACUGGCUGGGGCUACACAGAGACUGGUGGGUCAUUGUCAGCUCAGCUGAAACAGGCCUAUAUGCCUGUAGUCGACUACGAAACCUGCUCUCAAAAGGACUGGUGGGGAAGCUCAGUGAAGGAGACCAUGAUUUGCGCUGGCGGCACCACCAGCAUGUCUGCAUGUCAUGGUGACUCUGGUAGUCCUCUGAACUGUUUGUUCAAUGGUAAGUAUGUCGUCCAUGGUGUGACCAGUUUUGUGUCUCCUGAGGGUUGCAAUACCUACAAGAAGCCAACAGGCUUCACGCGCGUGUCUGCCUACAUCAACUGGAUUAAUCAAAUCAUUUCCGAAAAGUGAGAGGAUAAAAGACAGAAUCCCAUUUUCCCACAUGUAGCAUCUGCUAUUAGCAGUAAUACAAUAAACUUCACAUCUAAUCUUG